AUGACUUGGGAUGAAGUCGUGAAAGCCUACACUCAAAUCACAAGCAACUCUGUUGACGCUGGGGCAAAUGUCGAUGAGCUUGACUUUGAGAACAUGUACAUCAUGAUUUCUACUGCUGGCAUUGAGAUCAGGGGCAAGAUUCACUUCAACGGUGCGACCAGCGCCGAGGGGUACAUCAAGUUCAACGAUGACGGCCUAUCCAUAGGUGGUGGCAUCGGAAGCUUCCAGGUGCCCGACACGAACAUAAUGAUUGAAGAAGCUGGCCUUGACAUCUUCAUUGGCUCUAGGGGAAGUGACAAGACAAGUGGCCGAGCUAGUAAGCUUGCACUCAAAGGUCUCAUCGAUUUUCAAGGCCUCAGAGUGGCUGCGGGACUUGAAACCAGCACUGAUGGGUCGCCAGACUCACGGAGAUGGAUCGUCUAUGGUGCUUACCAAGGUGACCUUCGACUGUCCGCGUUGGAGGGAGCCAAGUCCCUCAAAGAGCAUCCCGAUCUGGACAUUGAAUUGACGCACGUGGCGAUCAUAGCAUCCAACAAAAAGGGAAUCUGGACGAACCCUCUAAAAAUCAAUAAUCUCGCAGGGAACAAGACAGUCGGUGGAUUGACUCUCAUCGCCUCUGUCAGUGCUAAAAGGCUCUCUGUGGCAAUUGAGCUUCCAGACAGCAUUGGUAUAGAGAUGGGCGAGAUCGCAGAGGUCGACCGGUUCUCGGUUGGGUUGAAUAUCUCAAGCACGCCCAGUUUGGCGCUCAGCUGUGACAUACGAAUUAACAUGGCUCAACAGCCACCGCUGACUUUACAUGCAAAUCUUCAGGCGUUGCUACACGAAGCAAGCGGUGAAAUUUAUCUUAACCCUGAAGUCCCAUGGAGGAACCCUUUUGGCGUUAGCGAUAAGAUUGUCGUGCAGAAGCUGGCCGGCAGCAUGGCGUUCAGAUACGCAAGCGUUCUGGUGGAAGGUCCGAGUGAGCUUGCCUUUGGUGGCGUGGUCAAGUGCGGUGACUUCACUGGCGAAGCCUUCAUUGUUGUGACAAAAUUGCCUACCCGUCAAGUGCUCAAGGUCAAUAUCUCAAACCUCAAUGUGAGUGGGCUAAUUAGAAUGGCUGGCGAAAUUGGAGACUUGGACGCACUGCGGAAUAUUACUGCGGGCGACUUUCUUGUCUUCAACAAGGCUGAUAUGUACUUCUCUACUGGCAUUGAAGAGGCCUUGGGAGAGUCUUUCCCAGCGGGGAUCUCAGCCAAGGGAGAUGUCACUGUAUUCGGGAAAAGGGCCAACUUCGAUGCGUCACUGGGCUCAGACGGCUUCGAGCUGAAGGGCGAAGUGGAUGCCUUCAAAAUUGGCCCCCUCGAGGUGCGCUCUGCCAGCGGAAACCCACGAGCCAAGCUUCAGAUUGUCAUGACUUCCAAGAAGCGACUGUUGGAGAUUGAUGGUUUAAUAAUCAUCGGAGGGGACGAUGGACUCAAGAUUGGGGCCCUGAUCCAAGCUUCCCUGACUCCAGUUGUAUUUGAUGUCUGGGUCUUUGUGAGUUUCACAGACCAGAUCAAGUUUGGUCUGAGAGCUGUCGCCACAAACUUGUCAAAUCUCAAGGACCUCUCACAAGCAAAUGUAAAUUUCACUCUCACCCUUGACACCGACAUUCUAGAGCUUUUCUACAAUGGUAUUCUCGACUUUUUGGCCGAGCUACAGAAUCUAACAACAGCAUCAACCGAGGCGCUCGAGUUUGGACUGCAGAAGAGAUUGAAUGAAAUCUCUGACGAGAUCAAGGCCAAGAAGCAGCAUAUUGUGGCUAUCGAGGACCGAAUCGCGGAAGAGCAAGAAAUGCGUGAGAGCGAGAGAGCUAAAGCCGCCCUAAAGAAGUUGGAAGCGGAGACUGAACUAAAGAAGCUGGAAAGGGCAAAGAGUACUACUCAGGAGGCCAAAGAAGAAGCUGAACGAAAGAUCAAAGAGCUCUGUGAUCAGGCCAACCUCGAGCGGGAGGCGAUCAAGGCGGAAAAGAGCCUCGAGUGGAGCGCUCUCUAUGAAAGUGCUAAGAGAGAAAAAGAGAGUCUUGCAAGAGAGAAAGAGGAGCUUGAAGGGAAGAAGAAGUCAACAUUCGGCAAUGUUGCUCUUGACCUGCAGAAGUAUAUUGAAUGGUUCAAGAUAGCCAAGGCAAAAUUGGACGGACUUCUGGCAGACUCAGAAGAGAGGAAGAAGAACCUGCCAAACUUGGGGUUACUUGCUCGCGUCAAAGAGAAAAUCUACAUCGAAGCGAUUGACGCGGCAGCCACCUUUCUAAAGAAUAGACUACAGGAGGGCGAGGAUGUUAUCCAAGACUUCAAAGACACCCUCAACCGGCCGGAACUCCGCAACAUAGAGAUUGAGAUCAACGAAAAAGAUGCCGACCUUGCAAAAGCAACCGAAAUGGUAGACAGGCUUGCUAAGCAGGGCCUUGAAGGUUUCAUUGAGGCAGCGCUGGAGGAUAAGGACAAGUUUCUGAAUGCCAGGAAAGCCGAGCUGGAUGCCCUGCAAGACGGAAACUCACGAUGGAUGCAAGCCAUUCGUGAGGCACAGGCCAAACUGGACGCCGGACGGCCUGAUUUGGAUCGCAUCAUAGCCGAAGAGCAAGCCAAGAUCAAUCAAGCAAGAGACAGCAUGCAGCUUCGCCAACUACAGCAAGAGCUGCAAUCAGCCGAAGAGGAGGAGAAGCGUAAGCGAGAGCAACAAGACGCCAUCAGUACUGGUUUGCGCAUGAUUCGAAACGAGAUCAAUAGGGGUUCCGACUCAAUACGAAAACUGGUCCAGAGCAUCAAGCCGGUCGAUUUCAAGAUCAAAGGAGUGACCAUCACGGCAGACGGGAAGGAGAUAGUCCAGGGGGGUGCUAUGGUAUUCAAGAUUGCUGUUGAGCAUGAGGGCAAGAUGAUCAUGUUGGAGGAGAGAUGGGCGCCUUUUCAGAACCCAGCCGAGUUGUAUCGAGAUAUUAUGAACGGGUUAUUGAAGAACUAA